UGAGCACCCUCUCACGCGAUCCCCCGCCGUCAUUGAAGUGGCGUAUCCUUGUUUUGCACCUGCUUGUAUCGCUAUCAUGCCCAGCGCAUUAACAGCUCUCGAUAUCUUCCUUGCGCUAAUCGGGGGCUUUCUCUUGCGAGCCUUUAUCGCUCGCAGUAGACAGCGCGCCCCAUAUCCCCCUGGUCCAAAGGGUCUGCCUGUCAUAGGCAAUGUUACAGAAAUGCCCACGUCGCAUGAGUGGUUCAAAUUUGCGGAAUGGGCAGAGCGAUACGGGAAUAUAAUAUAUCUAAACCUCUUGGGCCAGCCCAUGAUUGUCCUCAACUCUGCCGAACACGCCGUCGCGCUUCUUGACAAGCGCAGCAACAUCUACUCUGACCGACCCGUGCUCAUGAUGGGAGGAGAGAUCGUCGGCUGGAAAUACAGCCUCGUGCUAUCACCCUACGGGCAGCGAUUCCGCGAUUACAGGCGCUUCAUCGCGAAAGUGAUCGGCGGGCCGACCCAGGUCAAAGCUCUUUUGCCGCAGGAAGAAUAUGAGACGAGACGCUUCCUGAAGAGAAUACUCAACGACCCGGAGCGCAUCUCUGACCAUAUUCGGAAGACGGUCGGCUGCGUUAUCCUCAAAAUCUCGCAUGGAUACGAAGUUCAGGAAGGGCAUGACCCCCUGGUCGAGCUUGUUGAUACGGCAACUGAACAGUUCUCUCUGGUGACGUCUCCUGGAGCGUUUCUUGUUGAUGUCUUUCCUCUGUUGCGCUACGUGCCUGCCUGGAUGCCUGGCGCAGGAUUUCAGAAGAAGGCCCGGGAGUGGAGACGGAUGGUUGAGCGGGUGUCGGACGAGCCGCACGAGUUUGUGAAAACGAGAAUGGAAGAGAAUACAAACAUCCCCAAUUUCACCUCCGAGCUCCUACAGAGCGAGACAUUAGUCGGGGAUAAAGAGUUCAACAUCAAGUGGGCCGCUACUUCUCUCUAUGCCGCUGGCGCUGAUACCACAGUGUCGGCAAUUUACUCAUUCUUCCUCGCCAUGACCUUGUAUCCUCAGGUCGCGGAACGUGCACAGGCGGAGAUUGAUUUAGUCGUUGGUAGCGACCGUCUCCCCAACUUCGAGGACCGGCCAAAUCUGCCCUAUGUCGAAGCGCUGGUAAAAGAAGUCUACCGUUGGAAUCCUGUAGCUCCGCUCGGUGUACCGCACCGCUUGCUCGAAGACGAUAUGUACGACGGAUAUCUAAUACCAAAGGGCUCUAUUGUCAUCGCCAACAUAUGGUUCGUCCCGAAAAUCCUACACGACCCCAAGCUCUACGCUAACCCUUUCGUGUUCGACCCUGCGCGUUUUCUUCCCGAGGAUGGUCACAUGCCCGCCCCAGACUCCAAAAACUACUGCUUUGGUUUCGGCAGAAGGAUAUGCCCAGGACUUCAUCUUGCGGACGCCUCGGUUUUUACUGCAUGCGCUAUGGUACUCGCGACGUUCGUUAUCACCAAAGCCGUUGAGAACGGCAAAAUCAUCGAGCCCGAGGUUGAGUACACGAGCGGAACAAUCAGUCAUCCAAAACCGUUUAAGUGUACUGCUAAGCCGAGAUCUGCGAAGGCGGAAGAGUUAAUCCUGUCUGUGGACGAACAGAAUUAAAAGGCAAAAGGCGCGCUCUUUUCUAUGACGCCUCCGCGUACCGCUGCACACUAACGACGCACUUGAUUUCACCUAUGUUCUACACCAAAGUCAGCCGAGACACGCAGUCGGUAGGUCCGAGCUUGAGAAUAUGCGGCGAAAUCCUUCCUCCUUUAGCAUAUUUCCGCUUCUCAGAAGCUUGUAGUUGACCUUUCUUUCUCUAACUUAUAUGAAGCCGAAAGUUUGCAAAUAGCCAAAGUGCGAUAGAGCUCUAAGCAUCUUCCAUGGAUUUAU